AAGAGACUGCAGCAAAUUGGGCAAGGCCUGGGAUUUGAGGCGCCGGCUGGGGAAGGGUUAACCCCCUGUGACUGUAUGUUAAUGAGAUCCACGGUAAUAGGAGGAGGCUGGCUUUGGCGGAGGCCGCCGCCGCUGCCGCUGCUGAUGGGGAAAGCGAGGAGCGCAGUGCCAGCCUGGAGCCCGGCGAGGAGCGCACACCAGGCAGGCAGGCAGGCAGGCAGCGGCCCUGGCACCGCGGCUGGAGACUCAGCCCAGUGCGCCUGCCUGGCCGGGUGUGUGUGUGAGUGUGUGUGUGUGUGUGAAGCCGAGGGAAGGAGGGCGGGAGGCAGAGGCAGCUCCCCAGCCAUGAAGCCAGCGGCGGCGUGAAGGCAAACCCAGGCGAGGCUGCCGGGAAAGCGCCGGUGCCAGGCGGCAGGCAGAGGGUGGGCAAGAGCCGGGAGAAGCAGCUGCCCAUCCUCAGCUUGGAAGAUCAGCCGGAACCUCUCCAGCGCCACUUUCGGAAUACAGAUCCGUGCCCUGCUGUGGGUUUCCAUGAAUCGGGACUCGGUGUGGAUUACCGCUCCCUAAUUCGGAAGAGGAGAAGGAGGAGGAGGAGGAGGAGGCGGUGGCACCAGCGUGGGGAGAAAGCUGGCUGCCCCCCAAGAGAAGCGGCGGGAGCCGGUCUGGAGCGCGGAACCAUGUGAGGAACAUUGCUGCUGUGAGAGACACACACAGGGAGCUCUGAGGUUCACACUCCCUUUCCUCUUCACACUCCACCACAGGAUGGAACAGAGAAAGUUCUGGCCUCGGAUAUGGGACUCCGAUGGCUGGUCAGUGGACUUGGUGCUUCUUCUCUUGGUUUUCUUUUCACAGAAUGUUAUCAGUACUCCAAUAUAUAAUACCUUUCAUUCUGAGAACCGUGAUUGGACAUUUAACCAUUUGACUGUCCAUCAGGCCACUGGUGCAGUCUAUGUGGGAGCCAUCAAUCGGGUUUAUAAGCUGUCUGGAAACUUGACCAUAUUGGUAGCUCACAAGACAGGACCCGAGGAAGACAACAAAUCCUGCUACCCACCACUCAUUGUACAACCCUGUACUGAGAUCCUGACUUUGACCAACAACGUUAACAAGCUGCUGAUUAUUGACUACUCAGAAAAUAGACUGCUGGCCUGUGGCAGCCUCUACCAAGGAGUCUGCAAACUGCUGCGAUUGGAUGACCUCUUCAUUCUGGUGGAACCAUCUCACAAGAAAGAACACUAUCUUUCCAGUGUUAAUAAAACUGGCACUAUGUAUGGAGUUAUAGUUCGCUCUGAGGGAGAAGAUGGGAAGCUUUUCAUCGGUACAGCAGUGGAUGGCAAACAGGAUUAUUUCCCCACCCUUUCCAGCCGGAAACUGCCACGUGAUCCAGAGUCAUCGGCUAUGUUGGAUUAUGAGCUCCACAGUGACUUUGUUUCAUCCCUCAUCAAAAUUCCUUCAGACACACUGGCCUUGGUCUCACACUUUGACAUCUUCUAUAUCUAUGGAUUUGCCAGUGGCAAUUUUGUCUAUUUUCUGACUGUUCAGCCAGAGACACCUGAAGGAGUAUCUAUCAAUUCAGCCAGUGACCUAUUCUACACAUCUCGUAUUGUGCGUCUCUGCAAGGAUGAUCCCAAGUUUCAUUCCUAUGUUUCUCUGCCAUUUGGUUGUGUCAAAGGUGAUGUGGAAUAUCGUCUCCUACAGGCGGCUUAUCUCUCUAAGCCAGGAGAGGUGUUGGCUAGAUCCCUCAAUAUUACAGCCCAAGAUGAUGUUCUUUUUGCCAUUUUCUCGAAGGGACAAAAGCAGUACCAUCACCCCCCUGAUGACUCUGCUCUCUGCAUCUUUCCCAUCCGUGCUAUCAAUGCCCAAAUUAAGGAUCGCCUGCAGUCUUGCUACCAGGGGGAAGGCAACUUGGAGCUCAACUGGCUGCUAGGGAAAGAUGUUCAGUGUACCAAGGCGCCAGUCCCAAUAGAUGAUAACUUCUGCGGUUUGGAUAUUAACCAGCCACUGGGAGGCUCUGUACCGGUGGAAGGGGUGACCCUUUACACAUCCAGCCGUGAUCGGAUGACUUCUGUCACUUCCUAUGUCUACAAUGGCUACAGUGUAGUGUUUGUGGGUACCAAAAGUGGCAAACUGAAGAAGAUUCGAGCAGAUGGACCACCUCAUGGUGGCAUUCAGUAUGAAAUGAUUCCAAUUUUCAAGGACGGGAGUACUAUUCUUCGAGACAUGGCUUUCUCUACAGAUCAUAAUUACCUCUAUGUCAUGUCAGAAAGACAGAUAUCCCAGGUCCCUGUUGAAUCCUGUGAACAGUACACAACCUGCGGAGAAUGUCUAAGCUCAGGAGACCCUCACUGUGGUUGGUGUGCUCUUCACCACACAUGCUCCCGGAGGGACAAGUGUGAGAGAGCCGAUGAACCAUUUCGAUUUGCAGCCAGCAUCAGCCAGUGCAUGAGUAUCAUCGUUCAACCCAGCAGCAUCCCAGUUUCUGAGCACAGCCUUUCGCUCAGCUUGUUGGUGAAUGACGCACCUGACCUAUCAACUGGUAUCACUUGUGUAUUUGGAAAUCUUACUGAAGUGGAAGGCCGAGUUUUGGGCAACCAGAUAGUGUGUAUUUCACCAGCAUCUAAGGAUGUUCCUGCCAUACCUGUUGACCAGGACUGGUUUGGUAUAGAAUUGCUGCUAAAAUCCAGAGAGACAGGCAAAAUGUUUGUCAGCACAGAAUUCAAGUUCUACAACUGCAGUGCCCACCAACUGUGCCUGUCUUGUGUGAACAGUGCUUUUCGUUGCCACUGGUGUAAAUAUCGGAACCUCUGCACUCAUGACCCCACAACGUGUUCCUUUCAGGAGGGACGUAUCAAUGUUUCUGAGGACUGCCCACAGCUUUUCCCCACAGAAGAGAUUUUGAUUCCUGUCGGUGAGGUGAAGCCCAUUACACUGAAAGCUAAAAACUUACCUCAACCUCAGUCUGGCCAGCGUGGAUAUGAGUGUGUCCUCAACAUCCAAGGCGUGAUUCAUCGUGUACCUGCUCUUCGUUUCAACAGCUCAAGUGUCCAGUGCCAGAACAGCUCGUACCUCUAUGAUGGAAUGGACAUAAGUAACUUAGCAGUAGAUUUUGCUGUGGUGUGGAAUGGGAACUUCAUUAUUGACAACCCAGAGGAUUUGAAAGUUCAUCUCUACAAAUGUGCAGCUCAAAGGGAAAGCUGUGGGUUGUGCCUGAAAGCAGAUCAGAAAUUUGAGUGUGGCUGGUGUACUGGAGAAGGAAAAUGCACUUUGCGUCAGCACUGCCCUUCUCCAAUUGGUGGAUGGGGAAGGUGGCUUGACUGGUCAAGUAGGAAUGUCAAAUGCUCCAAUCCACGUAUCACUGAGAUCCUAACUGUCUCAGGACCACCAGAAGGAGGAACACGUGUGACGAUUCGUGGCAUUAACUUGGGACUGGAUUUCUCUGAGAUAGCCCAUAACGUGCAAGUGGCAGGGGUGGAAUGCACUCCACUGGAGGACCAGUACAUUAUUGCUGAGCAGAUUGUGUGUGAAAUGGGGCAGGCUGAGCCUGAUAUCACUUCCGGUCCUGCGCUCCUCUGCAUCGGAGAAUGCAAGCCAGAAUUUGUGGCCAAGUCUGCACAGCAUUACACAUUUGUGAAUCCUGCAGUGAGCUCCCUGAGUCCCAGCCGUGGACCAGAGUCAGGAGGGACCAUGGUGACCAUCACCGGCUAUUUUCUGGGGGCUGGCAGCAGUGUGUCGGUUUUCCUGGGUAACCAGACCUGCGAAUUUUAUGAGAGGUCUAUCAAUGAGAUUGUGUGUGUUUCUGCACCUUCAACCCAUGGUCUUGGCACUGUACAUGUCUCUGUCAGCGUGGACCGUGCUCACCUAGAGAGCACGCUGCAGUUUGAAUACAUCGAUGAUCCCAAAGUUCAACGUAUUGAGCCUGAAUGGAGCAUAGCCAGUGGCCACACACCUCUGACUGUCACAGGGUCAAACCUGGAUGUCAUACAAGAACCCAGGAUACGAGUGAAGUACAACAGCAAGGAGUCUGUCAAUGUCUGUAAAGUUGUGAAUGCAACCACCUUGACUUGUCUGGCUCCCUCACUCACCCCAGAAUACCGACCUGGCUUGGAUGCUGUUGAACGACCUGAUGAGUUUGGCUUCAUCUUCAACAAUGUUCAAUCCUUGCUGAUUUAUAAUGACACCAAGUUUAUCUUCUACCCCAACCCUACCUUUGAGCUUCUCAGUGCUAAUGGUAUCUUGGAUCAAAAACCAGGCUCACCUAUUAUCCUGAAGGGUAAAAAUCUGUGCCCUCCAGCUUCUGGUGGAGCGAAGCUGAAUUACACUGUUCUGAUUGGAGAAACCCCUUGCGCUGUCACUGUCUCUGAGACCCAGCUGCUGUGUGAGCCUCCAAAUCUCACUGGACAACACAAAGUACUGGUGCACGUAGGUGGCAUUGUCUUCUCACCUGGCUCAGUAAACGUGAUUUCUGAUAGCCUAUUGACCUUGCCAGCUAUUGUCAGCAUUGCAGCAGGAGGGAGCCUUCUUCUCAUCAUAGUCAUCAUUGUCCUCAUUGCCUACAAGCGCAAGUCUCGUGAAAAUGACCUCACCCUCAAGAGGCUACAGAUGCAGAUGGACAACUUGGAGUCACGAGUGGCCCUUGAAUGCAAGGAAGCUUUUGCAGAGCUCCAGACAGACAUCAAUGAGUUAACCAGUGACCUGGAUCGCUCUGGGAUCCCAUACCUUGAUUAUCGCACAUAUGCUAUGAGGGUCCUCUUCCCUGGCAUUGAAGACCACCCUGUCCUACGUGAACUAGAGGUCCAAGGGAAUGGACAGCAGGGUGUUGAAAAGGCCCUGAAGCUCUUUGCCCAACUAAUCAACAACAAGGUCUUUCUGUUGACAUUUAUUCGUACCCUUGAGAUGCAGCGAAGUUUCUCCAUGCGAGAUCGGGGCAAUGUGGCUUCCCUUAUCAUGACAGGUCUUCAAGGCAAGCUAGAAUAUGCCACUGAUGUUCUGAAGCAGCUGCUAUCUGAUCUGAUUGAGAAGAACCUGGAAAACAAAAAUCACCCAAAACUCCUUCUGCGCAGGACCGAAUCCGUGGCUGAGAAGAUGUUGACUAAUUGGUUCGCUUUUCUUCUUCACAAAUUCCUAAAGGAAUGUGCUGGAGAGCCGCUCUUCAUGUUGUAUUGUGCGAUCAAGCAACAGAUGGAGAAAGGGCCAAUUGAUGCUAUUACAGGGGAAGCUCGUUAUUCCCUAAGUGAGGACAAGUUGAUCCGGCAGCAGAUUGAGUAUAAGACUCUAAUCUUGAACUGUGUGAAUCCUGACAACGAAAACAGUCCUGAGAUUCCCGUCAAGGUGCUGAACUGUGACACCAUCACACAGGUCAAAGAGAAGAUUUUAGAUGCAGUGUAUAAAAAUGUCCCAUACUCACAAAGACCGCGAGCUGUUGACAUGGACUUGGAGUGGCGCCAGGGCAGAAUAGCACGUGUGGUCCUUCAGGAUGAAGAUAUAACCACCAAGAUUGAGGGUGACUGGAAGCGACUAAAUACCUUGAUUCAUUAUCAGGUGUCGGAUCGCUCUGUAGUGGCCCUUGUUCCCAAGCAGACCUCUUCCUAUAACAUUCCUGCCUCUGCCAGCAUAUCGCGGACCUCAAUAAGCAGAUAUGACUCCACAUUUCGGUAUACAGGAAGCCCAGACAGUUUACGUUCCAGAGCACCUAUGAUUACUCCAGACCUAGAAAGUGGGGUGAAGGUCUGGCACUUAGUCAAGAAUCAUGACCAUGGUGACCAGAAGGAGGGUGACCGGGGCAGUAAGAUGGUGUCAGAGAUCUACCUAACAAGGCUGCUAGCUACAAAGGGUACACUGCAGAAGUUUGUGGAUGACUUGUUUGAGACUUUGUUCAGUACAGUACACCGAGGCAGUGCUCUCCCACUGGCUAUCAAAUAUAUGUUUGAUUUCUUGGAUGAGCAAGCAGAUAAACAUGGCAUCCAUGACACCGACGUGAGGCACACGUGGAAGAGCAACUGUCUUCCUCUCCGCUUCUGGGUGAAUGUAAUUAAAAACCCACAGUUUGUCUUCGACAUCCAUAAGGGAAGUAUCACAGAUGCCUGCCUAUCAGUGGUAGCCCAGACCUUUAUGGAUUCAUGUUCUACUUCAGAGCACCGACUGGGCAAGGACUCCCCCUCCAAUAAGCUGCUAUAUGCCAAGGACAUACCUAGCUAUAAGAGCUGGGUAGAAAGGUAUUAUGCAGACAUUGCAAAACUUCCAGCCAUCAGUGACCAGGACAUGAAUGCCUACCUCGCAGAACAGUCACGUCUGCACUCUAUUGAUUUCAAUAUGUUGAGUGCACUCAAUGAAAUCUACUCCUAUGUCAGCAAAUACAGUGAGGAGAUCAUUGGGGCUCUGGAGCAGGAUGAGCAGGCGCGCCGGCAGCGCUUGGCAUACAAAGUAGAACAGCUUAUUGGUGCCAUGUCUAUGGAGAGUUGAAGAAAGGAGCAGGAACUCCUAAAACAGCAGGAAGUGGUUUCUGCAAAGUCUUCUUGGAAUUAAGAACCAAACCAGCAUGGAGGACACAGGGAACAUACGUGAAGUAUUGUGGCACCCUCCUAAAAGAAACAGAAGUUGGUCCAGGCAUUUAGCUCAAGACUCAAUCAUUAGAUUCAAGUUGAAAGCGUGGAAGAAAACCAACAGCAACAGAGCAUCUCAAGAACCAGCUGGAUUUGCCAAGAAGUUCCUCUCCUCAAGUUGAAACCGAGAAGGAUCCUGGGAAACCUAGAUUUCCUCCAUGACUGCUGCUUUGCAUGAAAGUUGUUUGAUGUAUAUUAGGAGAUAACAAAAUACUAUUUAAUUUUUUUCUUUUUUAAAAAAGAAAAAGAAAAGAGAGAAGAAAAAUGAAAUGUAACAAACACCACAGUGGCCACAUCAAAUAUCCUGUUGAAAAGAUCCCUUUGCACACACUGCCCCUCCCAUCUCAUGAGGUCCCCAUUGUUUGUGGCGCAGAUGGAUGGUUUGCAAGUGGACUCUCACACUUUGGGAAUGUUUGGAAAAUCCCAUUUUUCUUUUUCUGGGAACAUACAGAAAACCCCAUGAGCACAGAUUUGCACCAAACCUUUUAUACAGUGCAGUUGGGGAAAAUGCCUUGCAGUAUAAGUCUGCAAGAGGCACUUAGGAAAAAUAUUUGGGAGUGAAAAAGCCAUCCAGUCAUCCAACCCAUCUGUCUUGAAAUCUAACUUCAGCAAUGUAUUCAUAGAGUGCAGAUAUUUUUUUAAUACUGUUUAUUUACCAUUGAAGGGGUACUAUGGUUGUAUGGAAGUCCUUCAUUCCUCUUCUACUUUGACAAAAUUAUCCCCACCCACAUUUCAAAGAUUCUUCCCUGUUUUAGACAGCCAUGUUCCUAAGGAAUGUUCUAAGGAUGUUGUGUAGAGGUUAAGUUGAAACUGGCAUAUUGUGCACAAUUUGUGGAAAAACUUAUUGGCUUUCUUAGUUAGUUGCUUAGUAUGUGGGCAGAUCAGCAUUAAGGUCAUUGUCAUUUUUUCCUAGUCACUGUGUGAUUUCUUGAAGCUUAAACAAAGUGUUUACAACAGGCAAUACUUGAACAGUGUAGACCUAGCAAGCCAAGAUAUUUAUUGUUUCCCUUCUUUAGACUCAGUGAUGCUUAUGCGACUGGGACAAAUGGCAUUUGCAUUUUUCUCAUACCACAGACAACAUCCUAUAAAGGUCAAGCAUAAAGCUUUUAUGUCUUCUGGAAGAGAAGUGAGCGGAUCCUUCUUUCUCAACAAAAGGAAAAUGGUAUGCUUUGCAUGCCUGUUAAUGGCUGUUGUCUUUGUCUUUGUCCAUGUCUUGUCUUGGGUUUGGUUUCUUAGCUGGCCCUAGCAGUCCAAUUUCUAGUGGUCAGUGGAAGGCUGAUAUAUGUGAGUUCUUCUUCUUUUAUAUACAUAAAAAAAGGGAAAAGACCAAAGCUUCCAUGUCCCUUUCAAGAGUGCCAAGUAGCAGGUGGGAUGCUGUAAAUAUUUCUCUCUGUAAUAAAUAUUGAUAUUUGUGCAGGCUGCAGUUAAGAGGGGUGAUGAGGGGGCAAGGUGAUUAGGCUUAAUGGAAGGCAGGAUAUCGACUACAUGAUUUUAGACCCCGUGACUAGAAUCUAAGUCAGAUUUAAGAGAAGCAAAAUUGUAUUUUUAAAGUAAGAAUUAAAUGGUUAGACCACUAGUUGCAGGUUGAUUCAGACUAUGCCACAGUUUCCUUGGAGUGUGUAGCAUUUUCAGUUGUCAGUUCUGAAUGGAAUUUGUGAAUACUAUAACCUUUUAAGCAUAGAUUGCCAGAUGUCUAAAGAUGUUUGGGGAUAGAUACAGUUUAGGGGAUACCAUUCUGUAGUAUUCUAAAAUUGAAGGGAAGUUGCUGGAACAAAGAGAACCACAGCAUUUGCUCCUACCCUCUAUCUCCAUCUAUAGUGAGGCAUCAACCCAAAGAGUUAACAUUUAAGAGGUAGCCUGGAAGUGUGUUCUUCUCACAUUAUAUGAUGAAGAGGUCUGUAUGUGAGUAACAAAAAGUAAUGCUGCAUUGUAGACUUCACUUUCCAAUUGUACAUCUCCUGGUCAUCAUCCAUUGUGUCACUGCAUUAAGUGUGAAUGACUGAACUCUGAAACCUGACACAAGUUGGAGUUCUGGACAACUUGAAAGCAAAUCUGUGCCAUUCUACAUUCAUAGGCUUACCUUUUUAGACAUCAUUGAAAAAGAGAGUAGUUUCCAGCCUCAGAGAAAGGACUAGCAGUAUCUUCUCUCACAGAGACAUUUAAUACAGAUGACUUGUGCAAGAGUCUACCAACCAUCAUGCUGUAGCCUUCCCUUCCAGUACACUCCAUUUCUAUUUUUCCCAAGAGAAAGAGGGAACUGUUUCCACAAAAUGUUGAGGGGAAUAUAGAUUGUUACCUACUCUGUGAGAAUCCCUGAGGUU